CCAGACCAAGCUCUUCAAGAGUACUAUGAAGCCCUGGAUGCCAGUGGGUGGAGUUGUGUUUCUAUGUGCAACGAGAAGCACUCCAACUCAAAGAGCUGCCUCAACAACGGCGUAUGCAACGUGUACAUCGGCAUCGGACCCACCUGCUUAUGUGCAAAUAUUAAUGAUACCUGGUAUCUCAGAGAUGACUGCAGUUUUCCAAUUGACAAGAUUGGCUUCUACGCUGGUUUACCAACUACUCUCCUAGUUCUCUUACUGAUCUUGGGAGCUCUGUCUUGGUACCUCUACUUCAACAAGCAACGACAGAACCGCAAGAGAGAAGUCCAAGAGUCGCUGGUGAAAGAGUGGCUUGAGGAAGACGUGGUCUGGCCUAAUUCUAGAGGUCAUAUCCCUGCACCUUCAGCAACGUACAGUAACCCCUCCUUCAGCGCGGACCCGACCAGCCGCCAGGGCCACUACCUCAUCCAGACCCCCCCGCGGGGAACCGCCGCAUCCUCUACCGGCGCCUUCAACUCAGGGCAGAACCAACACCAGCUUCAACCGAUAUCAAUAAAUCAGCCGAUCCAGAUCCGUCGGCCCCAGAUCAGGGUGGGGGGGGCCGAGCCAGCGGCGGGACCGACCCGCCACCUGGAGUCAAUGUACCGGUCCCCUGUGGAACGAGGAAAUGUAUUCAACAAUUGGGACGAAAGGCGUGACGGACACCUGAUGUAUGAUGCAUGAUGUAAAGACAUGAUGUUAUUCCAGAAAGGUAAUAAAGACUUGAGAAAGAGA